AUGCAACUUGGCGGCACAGCGCUUACUCUAGCACUUGCCGGAUGCGUCUUCCAGAACGUCGGCUUCAACCUGUUGAAGGACGCGAUUGGAAACUCCGGCUUCAGUGAUGAAGAGAUUCGCCAGGCCUUAGCAGGCGUUGACUCGCGAGUGUGGGAUGAGGCAGACGCGGAUGUCAUGACGGUGGCUGUCGAAGCGGUGACUAAGGUCAUCGCUAGACUUUUCUACAUUGUACUUGCAGCGGGGGCCAUGGCAUUCUUGUGCGGGUGUCUGAUGCCUUGGAGGAAAUUGGACUUCGGAAAGGCUCCAGUCAAAGGGAGCGACACUGAGGCGGAGCCUGAGGAGAAGUAG